AUGGAGGAUGCUGUCGUUUUUAAAGUAUCUUUCACGUUCCCAAACAAAGAAAAGUAUGAAGGGGAAUGCAAAAAGACACCUGAGGGUUUGUUGCAGAGGAAUGGGCUUGGAGUUCAUACCAGUGCCAACGGAAUGAUAUACAUUGGUAAUUGGUUAAAUGACAAGAUGAAUGGUACUGGAAGGCUAGAACAUCCUUCUGGGGCUGUUUAUGAAGGCGAGUUCAAAGACAACAUGUAUCAUGGGGCAGGAACUUACACAUUUCCAAAUGGAGCAAAGUACAUUGGACCAUUCAAUGAAAACAAGAUGGAAGGUGAAGGAGACUUCAUAGAUGAAAAUGGAGUGGUGUGGACUGGCACAUUCAAUGGCACAAAAGCAGCAGGACUGAAGCAUAAGCUGAAAAUGUAGCUAUUUGGCACUGUCAAAGCUACCCCAUUUGAUCUCACUCUAGGUUCAACAGCUGUCAUUGAUUUC